UUUCCGGCCAGUCACCCUUUAAAAUUACUGAAUUGACUUUACUUUAUAAUCUCUGGUCUUUGAAAUUGCAGACGAGAGAGAUCGAGAGAGAUAGCGCGAGAGAGAGAUGGUAGGGAGAUCUCGCAUAGAAUCACUGGUCUCCUGCUUUGUAAAGGUAGCUCAUCCCCAGGAAGCCCACGCUGUUUUUUACUCCGCAUCCUCUUUCUUCUUUAUACUAAGCGCGUAUUUCGUAAUAAUUCCGUUGCGAGAUGAAGGUGCAAUUUCACUAGGAUUAGCUAAUCUUCCUGAGCUUUUUGUUGGCUCCUUGUUCCUCACAUUGCUUGCUGCCCCUCUCUCUACACUCGUCUUCUCGCUACCUAACCUUUCCCGGCCUAAGGCAUUGGUGUUGAUACUCCGGUUCUUUAGUUUGUCACUGGCUGUCUUCUUUAUUCUCUGGGUUUUUUCUUCACCCGGAUACUCACUUUCCACCUUCAAGGGGUUUGUCAUGAAGUCCUCAACUAUAAAAGACGAACUAAAGAUUGAAGUUGAUAAAUCCACUCAAGCAAGCUCAAGCGGGUGGGGUGACCAUGACUGGUUUUAUAUUUCAGUGAGAAUAGGCUUGUUCCUCUGGGUGGCUCUGCUUAAUCUUAUUACUAUCUCUUCAACUUGGGCAAGAGUCAUUGAUGUGAUGGACAGCGAGUCAGGUUCAAGAUUGUUUGGUUUCAUUGGCGCUGGCGCUACACUUGGUCAGCUUUUUGGUUCACUGUUUGCAACAGUCAUGGCCUGGAUGGGACCAUAUUUGCUCCUUUUCUCUUCUCUCCUUAUGGAAUUGGCUGCACAGUCGUCAAAAAGGAUAAACAUGGACACAUCCUAUACUUCUGAAGAACUAUCUCCAAUCAGAAAGGCUGAUUCUGUUGAACAAACUGCACCGGCUGAUGAACAAACUGCACCGGCUGCUAGGGGAUUCUCUGUCAAUUUUACUUCUCUGACAAACCCUAAAAAAUGGGCUAUAUUUGAUGGACUAAGGCUUAUACUAUCAUCGACAUACUUGCUACAGGUGUCAUUAUUCCUGUGGUUUAGUGCAGCUGUAUCCUCUUUUUUCUACUUUCAGAAAGUAAAUGUGAUUGCCACAACAAUUGUGAGUCCUACUGGCAGAAGAAUGCUAUUUGCGCAGAUUAACAGCUUUAUUGCUGUUUUUAUCCUUGCCGGACAGCUUGCUUUGACGGGACGCAUCCUUACCUUUGCCGGGGUGACCAUGGCUAUAUGCUCAUCACCCAUCAUGGGGUUCUUUAAUUUAAUAGCUCUUGCUGUGUGGCCAAGUUGGAUAUCAAUUGCUGUCUCUGAGACCCUUCGGAAGGUGGUUAAUUAUGUUGUAACUAGGCCGGCAAGAGAACUUCUUUUUACCGUGGUCUCGCAAGAUGAAAAAUACAAAGCGAAGGUGUGCAUCGAUGUAGUUGUUCAAAGGCUUGGGGAUGCAACUGCUGCUGGAAUAUACAAGCUACUUUAUAGCAGUCUCAAUGGCAGAACAACCACCAUCUCUCUAUAUUUUCUCCCUGUAUGUUUGUUGUGGAUAGCGACGGCAUUCCAUUUAGGGCGCAGGCAAACACAACUUGCAAAGAUCCAGACCAUUUCUGCAACCUAAUAUUUCUUCAUUGGAUAUAUAGUUCUAAUCAAUGAUUAACCACAUAGAUCAUAGAUGUCAGUAUUAAAAUUUUGUAUUUUCUACGUGAUCCAAAUAUUGUUGUCUACUUGUAUAAUUUAUUUUAAAUUUCUGUCAA